AUGCUCGAGCUAUUUGAAGCAUCAUACCUUGCCUUAGAAGGUGAAAAAAUAAUGGACAAGGCCAGAAUGUUUUCUACUGAAAAUAUUAAGACUGUCAUUUCAAACUCGGACGUUUCGCUAGCCAAACAAUUGAGCACUGCGUUGGAGCUUCCGUUGCACUGGAGAUUGGAGUGGUAUAAUGUCACGAGAAACAUCCAUGAAUAUGGAAAAGUGGGUAACAUCAACUCCAAUUUGCUCAAGUUGGCUAAGCUUCAUUUCAACAUGGUUCAAGCCACACACCAAAAAGAUCUCAAGGAAAUAAUAAGGUGGUGGAGGAAUCUUGGGAUGGCAAGAAAUUUAAGCUUUUCAAGGGACCGAAUAAUCGAAAGUUACUUAUUUGCUGUGGGAGUCAAUUUUGAGCCUCAGUACAAACAUUUCAGAAAUUGGCUAGCCAAAGUCUGCAAGUUCAUAAUAACAAUUGACGAUGUUUACGAUGUUUACGGUUCACUACAAGAAUUAGAGCUCUUCACAAAGGCAGUUGAUAGGUGGGAUUCUGAGGAAAUUCAACAACUACCUGAGUGCAUGAAGAUUUGCUUCCAGGCUCUAUAUGAUACCACCAAUGAAAUAGCUUUUGAAAUUCAGAGAGUUAAGGGUGGGAAAUCAGUGUUACCCCAUUUACGAAAAGCGUGGGAAGAUUUUUGUAAAGCAUUAUUAGUUGAAGCAAAGUGGUAUAACCAAGGCUAUACGCCAUCACUCCAAGAGUAUCUCGAUAACGGGUGGAUAUCAUCCGGUGGCUCUGUGCUUUCUAUUCAUGUUCUUUUUGGUGUUGCACAUGAAAUAACAGACAAAGUUUUGAAUUUUCUGAAGAAUGGUGAAGAUCUUGUGUAUCAUAUUUCAAUAAUAAUUCGACUUACCAAUGACCAGGGAACUUCAGCAGCAGAACUAGAGAGAGGUGAUGCUCCUUCCUCAAUCUUAUGUUACAUGCGAGAAGCAAAUGUUUCUGAGGAGGUUGCGCGGGAGCACAUUAGAAGCAUAAUAACGAAGACAUGGAAAAGCAUUAACAACCAAUGCAUCGCGAAAUCUCUAUCUCUUGUACCAUUUGCCAAAUAUAUAACAAACAUUGCACGAGUCUCACAUUUCAUAUACCAAAAUGGGGAUGGGUAUGGUGUUCAAGACCAUGAGACUCGAGAUCAAGUUGUGUCUUUGUUGAUUGAACCGCUUGCACUCGACUAA